AUAAUUAAAUUGGGGUUUAUAUAAAAAAAGGGAUCUAAUAAAUAUCUAACAAAAACCCCAUUAAUUUAGUCAAAUUAGUAAGGACCCUUUCCUUUCCCUCCUUUUCAACUUUCUGUCUUUUUCUCCAAAUCCAAACAUCCUGUAACUAUUCGAAGAUUCAAAAAGAUAAAAAAAAAAAAAACUUGCAAUCGAGCAUAAUCUUUGCUAUUUUGUUUAUUGAAAUUGGUGAAGAAUGGAAGAAGAGAAGGAGAAGAGGAGGUGGAGUGUUGCGUACACCAAGCACAUCAAACAGAAGCGCAAAGUUUAUCAUGACGGUUUCUUAGAUCUUCACAUUUCAUCCAACAAGUUGAUGUUGUACGAUGAGUCCGACAAGCUUCUAGAAUGCAGGAUGUUGAGAAGAGAUGAAGUCGUUAGCUCUGCCCAAACCCUCACUUUCGCUGCAUAUUUUGUUGACGUUGGCCUUCUCCAGUCUCCUCCUUAUCUUAAUUUUUCAGAUGCCAGAAAAAAGAGCAAUGAAGUCAAGCCAAUUGAUCGAAGUCUGAGCCCUUCACAAAAGAUAAUCAGAGAGUUCAAGAAGAAUGAACUUCAAAAAUAUGUUGCUCUGCAAACUGGUCCAACUACAACGAAAGCUAGUGUCACAGAAUGGCAGGUCUUGUAUACUACACAAGUAACUCAAAAGGCCAAGAAGUACCAUGAUGGCUUCUUAAAACUCGUAAAUUCUGCAGCGCUGCAGAGACAGAUUAUGUUAUAUGAUGGAAGCAAGAAACUAAUAAAUAGCAGAUUCCUCAAUAAAGAUGAAGUAAUACAAUCUGGUGAAUCAAUAACGUUUGAUGCUCAUUUGGUAAAUAUUGGAGAAGCUGAAGGAAACCAUCCAGGCCUCAUGGACUCUGAUGUCCAUGUAAGCAAUUAUAAUGCUGCUGGAAAAACAAAGAUGAUACACAGAGUGCAGAAUCGUCUUAAAACCCGCAAAUUGUUUUUGAAAGGGAAACCUCAAAAAAUUGCUUCUUCAAAGGUAUAUUCAGAUCCAAGUUUUAUCAUCCCAAUUAGUGCUGAGACAAAAUCAAGCCAGAAUAUAUCUGCAGACAAGCCUUUACGUGAUGCUACUCAAAUCCUGUCCAUCCUCCGGAAACCUAUGAUACAAGUGGGCAUAGCCACACAAUCUAUUGCUAAGAACGUCAUGAAUCCAGUCAGCUCUGUGAAGGAUCCUCAAAAUUCAUAUUCAACUAAAAACUUUAUUGAAUGUAGCCAGCUACAAGAGAUAUCAAUAGCACACCAUGGAUCAAGUGGGAAAUUGGAUAAUACUGAAUCAAAUGAAUGCAUAGACAUAAAAAUACCCCCCGAUAUCUAUUCUAAAGGGCUGGAUUCAGUAGCCAAAUCCAGUUGUAGUGGCAAUAAAUCCUCCAAGAACACUGAAGUCAGAAACUUGCAUCAGGUUCACUCGGAAAAUUUGGAGUCGUAUACUAAAUGCUGUAAUGAAGAGUCAGUGCUUGGUAGCUGGAGUCGAGCUGCAGAAACUUGUCAUGAGAGAGUUGGUCUAAUGGAGGAUUGUACAGAAGUCAAGAAUUCAAGGGAAGCAGGUAGGUGCCCUAGUUUUGAUCUUGGAUUUGACUGAGAUUUUUGAUAAUAAACAAUUAAGAUAGAGCGCAACGCCAAGGAAAAAAGAAUCAAAUGCACUUUUUAAACAUUAUUUUUCGAACCAGUGCCAUUUUCAUUACUUUAUAGUCGAAGAUUUUUCUCUUCAAACUGGUGUCUCCAAGUUUCCUCCGUAUUCUCCUUUGUAUCAUCAUCCAUUUUUUUUUUCUUGAGUAAUAUACUGACUUGAUAAGAACCUACCAAA